GAAAAUUGGGCGGUUGUGCACCGACGGCCUCUCACCGCCGUAUCAAUCAUACAUCGCCGCCCUAGAAAAUCAUCCAAAAUCAGCGCUUCUUUUUUCGCCAUCUCCAAUUUCAGAAAGUUCGAAUCUGUUCGCCAAGCACCUAAACAGUUUUGGUUGAUCGAAAUUUGGUACGUAAUUCUCUCGUACUUCAUAUUUCGAUAGCAUUAACCCUACUCAAAAGUAAUAGUGAUGAAUCGAAGUCUAGUGAAUGAAAUCCUUCUCAAAUCGAUCUCGCAAUCAGCUUUUAAAAUCCAUCACUUGUCAAAGUCUACUCUUUCAUCCCUACAGACGUUACCUGAUUCAAGAACAAAUUCCUUCCUAAACCCACUUUACAAUUUUCUCCCAAACACCCAAAAUCCUAGCAAAAUUGUUGAUAACAUAUGCACGAAUCUCAAGGAAAGAAGAAGUACUCUUCUUGACAAAGGUAUGAUCCCUCAUCUGGGCAACCAAGAAGUCUCAAGGGUUCUUCUUAGAUGCCAAUCUGAUUCGUUUGCAGCUCUUACUUUCUUCAAUUGGGUUAGAAAUGGUACAGGCGUUGUCCCAACUAUUCGUAACUACUGUCUGAUGUUGCAUAUACUAGCUUGGUCUCACAACCUUCCACAAACGAUGAAGCUUUUAUCUGAGUUAAUUGAGCUCAAUAGGAACAAAUCUGAAAAGGUAAGUAUUUUUGAAAUUUUGGUUCUGUGUACCAAAGAAUGUAUCUGGGAACCAGUUGUAUUUGAUAUGCUUCUCAAGGCAUACCUAAAAGCUGGUUUGGUUUGGGAUGGUUUUGUUACUUUUAGGAAGAUGGUUAAGCUUGGUUUUGUUCCAAAAAUCGUUUCGAUUAACUUUCUCUUAGAUGGACUUUUGAAGUUGGAUCAAAUCGAUGAAUGUUGGGGAAUUUAUGAGGAAAUGAGGAAAAUUGGGGUCCGUGCUAACACGAUUACUUUUAACAUAUUAACUCAUGUUAUAUGCAAGAGUGGGGAUGUGGAUAAGGUGAACGAGUUCUUAGACAAGAUGGAAGAAGAAGGAUUUGAUCCUGAUAUUGUCACCUAUAACACACUGAUAGAUAGCUAUGUGAGGAAUGGUCGAUUAAAAGAUGGCCUCUAUCUUUAUAAUAUCAUGUAUAUAAGACAUGUGAUGCCAGAUUUGAUUACUCAUACAUCUCUGAUAAAUGGGCUUUGCAGAGAGGGUAAUGUAAGGGAAGCUCAUAAGUUAUUCCAUCGUAUGAUUCAAAUCGGGCUGUACCCAGAUGUUUUCUCUUACAAUACUCUUAUAUGUGGCUAUAUUAAUAAAGGAAUGAUGCAAGAAGCUCGUACUUUACUUCAUGACAUGAUCAGAGAAGGAGUUCCCCCUAAUGAGUUCACCUGUUUAGUACUUAUAGAAGGAUAUAGAAAGAAAAACAUGUUAAUUUCAGCUGUGAAUCUUAUUGUAGAGCUCCAAAAGUUUGGAGUUUCGGUUUGUAGAGAUCUCCAAAUUGAUCUAGUUGUUGCUUUGUGCCGGGUAGAUAAACCAUUUGCAGCCAAGAGUCUCUGGGAACGCAUGGUGCAAGAUGGCAAAGAAGCACAUAAGUUGGAAAUCUACAAUGAAUUGAUAGUUUCGUUUUGUAUAUCCAGUUAUGUAAAUGAGGCUAUACAGCUAAAAGAUGAGAUGUUUUUCAAGAAUAUAAAGCCGAGUCUGAUCACCUAUAGAACAAUCAUAGAGUGUUUGAGUAGACUAAAUAGAACCACAGAGGGUGAAGUUUUCAUGAGGGAUAUGGUUGAAUUUGGCAUCCAGCCUGAUACGACAAUUUGCAGAUCUUUGAUAGCUGGGCAUUGUAAAGAGAAGAAUCUUAAUCAAGCGGAGUCAUUAUUGAGCUUCUUUGCCGAGGAGUUCCAAGUAUGUGACAAUGAAUGCUAUAAUGAGCUUUUUAAAGUGUUAUGUGAGGAAGGUGAUAUUGGUAAGUCGAUGGAAUUUCAGAACAGGAUGCAAAAAUUUGGAUUCACUCCAAAUUGUCUGAGUUUUAAGUAUGCAAUUGAUGGGUUGUCGAGAAGAACAGCUUGUGGAGAUGCCUUCAUUGAUGAAUGAGAUCAUUUGUUAAAAAGGAAUUGUGUUUCACAUGUUGCGGGAGAAAAAAACACUACAAGCUUGAAUCAGUAUGGCCAUUUGAUGCACAGAUGUAGCAGUGUUGGUUUUAGUCAAGAGUGAGUGGCAGAAUCAAGCUCUUAUUUUUGCCCUUCUUGUAGUCGUGCUCCUGAAAAGUCCUUCAAUAUCAAGGAGCUUAACGGCAAUCGGUUGAGCCUUCAACCCAGGCCUCAUGUUCUCAUCAACAUAACCCUUAUGCACC